UAAAAAAAAUAUUUCUUCCUCUCUUUUUACCCUUGAGAUCUCUAUAUGCUAAUGUCUGUUUAUGCCUUAUACAGAAUGAAACGAAUUUCCCAUUACUAUAAUGGGUUUGCCUUAAAUUUGCAUUUCUUGACUUCUUAAUUUGAUAGAAACAUUUGGUUUCCUCCUUGGGAAGCUUGAUUUUGUUUGUUUGGUAAGGGAAUUCAAAGAAAAUGGUUUAUCACUCUAGUUUUGUUAAUGAGGAAGGAAUUACUAAAGCUUGUGGCUGCCCUUUACUUCCUUUGAAAAGUCAUUUAAAGGGUCCUGCUCCGGUUUCAGAUCAAGAUAGAACUGAUAUUGUUGAUGAAGCGAUUACGUUCUUUCGUGGUGCCAAUGUGUUCUUUAGAAACUUUGAUAUUAAGAGCCCUGCAGAUAAGCUCCUUUUAUAUUUGACUUUCUACAUAAAUGUGGCUCUGAAGAGGCUUGAGGGCUGUAGAACCUUGGCUGAAGGGACCAAGGCAGUCAUUAAGUUGGGACUGCAAAAGGUUCCUGUACCCGGAGAAUCUGGUUUUCCUUUCCCAGGGCUCUUUGCGCUUCCACAGUCUCAAAAGGAAGCAGGAAUUAUCUGAAGCAAAUAAGAGAAGAAACGAGUGGGAGACUGUUGAGUGUUGCCUAUAGGCCCAAUGGAACUCCAAAUAAAUGGUGGUUAGCAUUUGCAAAAAAGAAAUUCAUGAACAUCAUUGUUCCAUGAAAAAAUCAAUGUUAUAUGUCCAAUCAAAAAUAACAUGUAAAAGCUUGCUGAAUUUCGAUGUGAUAAGAUGAUAUGUUUUGAACGUCUGUUACAUAAUUAACUUGUAAUUUGGUCAGAUUCAUUUGAUGUAAAUUAGUAUUUUUGUUGUCUUGAUUGCUUCAUGAGACAAAGGAAGCAGAAAAAAGGAUUGCCUUGGCUUCUUGGUCAGCUUUCUGGUAUUAAACUUGGUUAUGAGUUUAACAUCUGAGUUGUCUGCUUAUGCAUGGGAGCUGAAGAUUCAUCUAAGUACUUCCUCUGGCACAUCAAGACACACCCUUAGACGUCAGAUCGUCUAGAACCAUUAUCAUCUGCAUAACCACAUAUGCAUUUCCUCCUUUUCAAGUAUACGUUGUUUAGGAAUGAAUUCUUUGCUUCUGGCUUUUGCUAUGCAUUAAAAUUAGUGUAAACAGUCAUUCUGCCAUAUUACAUAUCGUAGCACUGUAUGAGAUCCUAUUUGAAAAUUUUAACAGGUCUUGGAGCUGCUUUAUCUUUUAUGCUGCUGCUAUCGCAAUUUUGCAAGAGCAAAGAAGCUGUCGAGCUGUAUUUUUUG